UCCGCGCCAACAGGGGGCGACAGAAGACACAAACAGCGUCAUGUUUACCUGUAACUGAGCUAGCGUUAGCAUACGCUGAGCUCUCAGGUGAACUAAAUGAAUCUGUAGUUACAUUUAAAUGUUUAAACUCUGAUUAUGAGCCCGCGUUUAGCUCUUUAAACAGGCCGAGAGAAGAAACAGUUUAAAGUCAGACCACGUUUGUUUGGAGACGUUAUUUUAGCUUGUUAGCGUUAGCCUAACAGCUAGUCGGGCGACGUUUCUGUUAAAAAUCUGCUUAUUUAAUGUGUGAUUCGCUGCUACUUGAGUCACGUUUCUGAUAUUAAGUCAAUGAAGACAUUUUACGAGUGGGUCAAAGGCUGCUUUUAAUUCGGCUUACAUGCUGAGUACCAGACAACCUUAACUCUCUGCUGUUUGUUAAAGUUUAUGCAGGACGACGCCAUUCACCGCGAUUACCGGCGUUGAACGACCUCCACACAGCCUUUAAUAUCCGCCACGGGCUGGAAAGGAUCGGGCUUUCUUCCGUCUGCUUAUCCUGUAGUGUUUGCUAGUGGAGAAACGCCAUCUCUACAGGUACAGGUGCCAAGAGGUCACCAAGCCUUCGUCAUGGUCAAACAGCCACAGAGGACAGACAGGUGUUUUCUACCUGCUGUAGGAAGCAGUGUAGCGAGGGUUCGAUUCCCUGUCAGUCCCGCUCAGAGGAGGCCGCCUCCACCUCAGCAGGGGUCAGGAAUAGGGAUUACUGACAGCCGGCCACGCUGCAGCUCCACCACCACAGAAGAAGAAAGAGGUGCCGAUGGGCCGAGCCGGCCCGGAGCUCCGGGUCUGGAGGGAGGCUCGGUGGAACCGGACUUGAAGCGAGCAAGGACAGAGGGGACGGAGGAGCUGGCUGCUCCACCCAGCAGAGACAGAGGCCCCGGGUCAUGUGAUCCAGCAACAGAUGUUCCUCAUCUGGAACAGCAGGGGGCAGCAGAUCACAGCGAGGGCAGCAGAGCAGCUGAGCUGCAGGGUGUGGGGUCACUGAAGGUCACUAUCCAGCAGAGCAGUGAGAGUCGAGAGUUUGGACCGACGGACAGGACAGCUGAGAGACAGACGGGUGGACUGCACUGUCACGUCUGUAACCAUACCUGUCGCUCUCUGCAGCUGUUUCAGGAGCACAUGUCAGGACCUGAACACGUGAAGAAGCUGCAGGAGAUCACACACUCCAUCCACCUCAAUACACGCACACUGCAGGACAGCAGGGGGUGUCGACCUGAAGCGCAGCGUUGGUGUGACACCUGUCAGACUCACUUCAGUGGUGACGUCAUCAUCCACCGACAGACAAAACAACACAAGAUGUGCAAACAGCUGUGCCGCCCCUUCUGCCCGGUGUGCAGACGUCACUUCAGGACGCCCAGGAAGUUUGUGGAGCACAUGAAGUCACCAGAACACAAACAGCAGGUGCACCUGGAGGAGGCUCAGGAGGAGGAGCUCAUCACUGUGGAUGCUGUCGGCUGCUUUGAGGAGGAAGAGGAAGAAGAAGAGGAGCAGGUAGUGGAGGAAGAAGUAGAUGUAGCUGAGGAAGAGGAGGAUGCAGGAACAGAGGAGUCAAAGGAGGAGGCGUCAGAGAUCGCAGGGCAGGAAGAGGAGGAGGACAGCGGAGAAUACGACUCCAACGCCACAUACGGAAGGAGUUUUGUGGUUCCUGUUUGCGGCUUCGUUUGUCAACUCUGCAAGAAGUUCUUCUACAGUGAAUCUGCAGCUCGACGCACACACUGCAGGACACACACACACUACCUCCACCUGCAGAGCCACCGCACUCAGAGGAGGAGGAGAGGACAGAGAGAUGAAGAAAAGGGCAGCGCUGCUCCGACCUGAUCAGCUCAGUUUCCCAUAAUGCAUCUGAGCUUCCUGAAGGACUUUUUUUUUUUUUUUUUUUUUCUUUUUUUAU